AUGUCUUACGAGAUGAUUAACACGAGAGGCAAAGGGACAGGCGUUUACACACACCUACACUACAACCUAACCUGUGAGCCAGCUCACCGUAAUGACCGGCUCUGCCUGACCCAUGGGCUGGUGGUGUUUGAACGCCUGUCCCACAUCUACUUCAACGCCAACACAACUCAGCUCCGGGACAGUUACCGUCCGUUCUUCGUAUGGACUUCCACUCAAAGCCAUAGACAACACACCCAUGAGUUGCGGAUCCAGUUUACUGUCGAUGAUAUGAUGGUUACGGCUCGGGAUGACUACGUGCGCACUAUAAGAUUGACCAUGUUCAAUUAUAACGAUUAUACUAAAGAUUCAUUACUUAAGGAAUUCACGUUUGACACAAACAUUGAGGAGGCGCUCCGAAAAUCGGAAGCGCGGGUAGACGUACUACAGGUGUCCAACAUAACCAAUCCGUCCAACUCUGUCAUCCGGGAGUCAAUCAGUCGGGAAAAGGCGUUCCGAUCGGAAAAUCAACUCACAUUUGCCAACAAAUACCGGCAAAUGAGUGGCAAAAACACAACCAUUCAGGUGGGCGGGCAAGUGGGCGGCAUAAUGUGGAACAUUUUUAGCGCCGACAUAAGGGCCAACUUUGAGCAUGGUAUUUAUGCCCAGUAUACGAACUACACGGAGCGCACGGGCACCACGACUACCAGCGCUGAGCACGUGUUCAAAUUCACGCGCGAGAUUACAGUCAACCCGUACGAGUCGGUCGAGUACAGCGCCUACCUAUCAAUCGUUAAGGACCUGACCCUACCCUACCGGGCCGUCAACCACCUGAGCGUUACAGGACCCCUGAACUACCGGAACAGCUGCCUGUCCAGCGUGGAGGCAGCCAUGUAUGUCUGGGCCCACACUGGGCUCACCAGUAUUACUCUAGUGGAGGAUAACAGGGUGGCCGUACCCGUGGAGGGCCGGUAUGUUACGACUUUCGGCGUGCGGUGGGUGUUCAGAGUGCGUCCACACGUAUACCACACAUACUUUGCACUGCAUAUGGGUUUGAGUGCAGUUAUACUGGUUUUGAGUGCGUUUCUCGUCAUAUCUCUGGUUUACAUAUGGAUACUGAAGCGUAAACUGAGAGAUACCAGGUCUCCCCAGAAGUUACAGUGUAUUGAUGGCACCGGACUUAUCAAGAAUAAUCAAGGCACUGGAAUUGCUAAUAAUGCAACAGGGCAAAAAUUCGGCGUCGACACACUAAUGCGUGUUUUGAAUCAUGCGGGAACCACAAAGAUAACUGAUAAAGAUUCAUCAGUUUAA